AUGGACCCCAACGGCGCGACCGAGAGCAAGUACGUGACUCUAGUCUCCAGUGAUGGCUACGAGUUUGUUGUCUUGCGCGAGGCUGCCUUGAUCAGCCCAGCCAUCAAGGGAAUGUUGGACACGAGGAACAACUUCCGCGAGGCCGCGCUUGGCCGUUGCGUCUUUGAGGAGAUCAGUGGCGUCGUACUCGAAAAAGUAUGCGAGUACUUCCAAUACUGGUACCGCUACCGGGAGCGAGAGGAUGUCCCUGACAUGGACAUUCCAGUCGAGCUGUGUCUGGAACUGCUGGUCGCAGCCGACUACCUGGGUCUGGACAAGCAAAACACCGGCACCAUUUGA